AUGUCUCGUCGCCAGCUAUGCCAAGCAGCCUUGGUGUUGCAGACACUCAUUCCACUCUCAUCCGGAGCAUUCUUUGAAAACAACGCUGAUGCCCUUCGUGAAUUCGAUAUUCCUGUUGCAAGAUCUGUUCACCUACUAAACCCGCUUGCCAAGCGCGAUUCGGGCAAUCCUAUUGCCGCUCGAUCCGCUGAUAGAAACACCGGUCCCACGCGAACUAUCAUGGACGGAACGCGCUAUGCCAUCGAUGUUACGCUCGGAGGAAAAACUCAUGCUGUUGAAUUUGAUACCGGAAGCAACUCAUUUUGGCUACCCAGUGCCAACUUCACAUGCUUUGAUAUCGACAGCAAAGUGAAGCCUCAGUCCACAUGCGGCUUCGCAUCGGUGGGUCCUGCCGAGUAUACUGGGGGACGAAUACCAAAUAUAAACUUUAACAUAACAUAUCUCAGCGCAGAAUUUGCCAGGGGCUCUGUUGGUCUCGAAGACGUGACCAUCGCAGGUUUGACAGUCCGGAAUCAGCAUAUGUCGCUGGCGGAGAAAGUCUUUCUCAGCACUGCGUACAAUAUGACUAGUGGAGUUAUCGGGUGGGGACUGGGCAAUUAUACUGCAUACUAUCCAGGAGAUAACUCAGACCUUGAUAACAAAACCGACCCAAACCACACCUGGAUUGCUACCAAGACUUGGAUCCAAAAUGCAGUCGAACAGGGCUUAGUGGAGAAACCUAUAUUCUCAGUCAAUCUUGGCAACAGAACGGAGAAUGCUGCAAAUUUGAGCACAUCUGGAUUCGUGGCUGUAGGAGGUGCGCCACUUGACGGACUUCCCUUUACUGGGGUCUGGGCCCAGUCAAAAGUUAGCACUACGACGUUUGCGCCCUGGGGCGUGAAAAACAAGUACACCCACUGGAAUACCAGGCCAGAUGGAUUCACCAUCAACCAGACUUUUGUGCCAUGGGUUCCCGGUGUCUUUGCUGACGGCGGAGAGAUCUUUACUAUCCUCGAUACUGGAACCCCCUGGAGCUAUAUCCCUGAUGACGCUGCGAAAGCCAUUGCCGAAGCGAUACAGCCUCCAGCAUAUUACUCGGUUUACGACAGCUCGUAUAUCGCCAAUUGCAAUGCGACAGUUCCUCAUGUAAGCCUCCGCAUCAAUGGUACGGACCUCCCAAUCAACAAGAGAGAUGUGCUCCUUGAUGGUUGGCUUGGUCACGCCAAUGAUUCGACUGUGCUGUGCUGGCUUGGCUUCCAGCCUGCCUUGCAGCCCAAAGUAGGUGGCACUGCACCCUUUCUCUUGGGAAAUACAUUUCUAAGGAAUGUACUGGCUGUACAUGACGUGGGAAAUCUGAGGAUGCUGUUCGCUUCGCUGAAAUGGUGA